AUGUUUGUGUGUCUUGCUGCUCUCGCUUUGGCGGCUGUAUCUGUUGUGGAUGCGGCGGUGCUGCCGAUUGCUCGGAGAGCAUCCGUAACAGGCUUCGUGAAAACCUCAGGGACAAAUUUCACGCUAAACAGUGAGCCAUACACCGUCGUAGGUGCCAACUCGUACUGGGUGGGCCUCAUGGGCCUCACCACCGCGGAGAUGGACCAGGCGUUCUCCGACAUCGCAGACGCUGGAGCGACCACGGUGAGAACUUGGGGCUUCAACGACGUGACGACGCCGAGCGGCGACUAUUACCAACUGUGGACUAAUGGGACCGCUACGAUCAACUACGGUUCUACCGGGCUCGAGAACUUCGAUAAUGUCGUCGCUGCUGCGAAGUCAUACGGCAUCAGGCUCAUCGUCACCUUGACGAACAACUGGGACAACUAUGGUGGCAUGGACGUCUAUGUCAGCCAGUUAACAAAUACGUCAUACCACGAUCUGUUCUACACUACGCCCUCUAUUAUCGCGGCAUACAAGAGCUACGUCUCCGCAUUCGUGGGUCGCUAUGUGGACGAGCCGGGCAUCCUGGGCUGGGAACUUGCCAACGAGCCGAGGUGCACGGGGUCCACUGGUGUCUCGACGGGGAAUUGCACCACGACGACGAUCACGCCAUGGGUAGAGGAGAUGUCGGCGUACAUCAAGUCCAUCGAUAGCAACCACCUCGUAGGGUUGGGCGACGAAGGAUUCUACAACUUCCCUGGUGCGACGGACUGGCCGUACGCAGGUGGUGAAGGAAUAGACUUUAAUGCUAACCUCCAGGUCUCCACUAUUGAUUUCGGCACUGCCCAUCUGUACCCGGGAUCGUGGUCCGAGUCUGAUCCCAUCCCGUGGGGCGACACGUGGAUCGAGUACCACGCGCAGUCGCAGCACAACUACAGCAAGCCCGUGUUGUUGGAGGAGUUCGGGGUGCUGACGAACAUGACGGACACGUAUACCUCUUGGUAUUCAACAGUUCUGAGCUCUGGGCUUGCUGGCGAUCUGAUUUGGCAAGCUGGCUCAUACCUUGCAAGUGGCGCGACGCCGGACGAUGGCUUUACUAUCUAUCCUAAUAACACCAUCUACCAGCUUGAGGCUUCCUCCGCGCAAGCCCUGAAGGUCAGGAAUGGGUCGCCUGUGUAG